GUUUUGCCGUCGUCCUCGCACUUCGUCUUUGUUAAUUUCCUCAAAACGUAUCGUGGGAUUUGUGUUAUUUGUCGCUCAGUUUUGCAGAAAUGGCUCAAGAUCCAAAAUCGCAGAUGACGGAGACACUUACGAACCACAAGAGAAAGGACUAUCUUCAUUGGGAUGACUACUUUAUGGCCACCUCCCUGUUGUCCGCUAAACGCAGCAAAGACCCCGUCACCCAAGUAGGCGCCUGCAUCGUAGACUCGCGGAAUCGGAUAGUGGCGAUUGGAUACAAUGGGUUCCCACGAAACUGCAGUGAUGACGUCUUUCCGUGGUCAAAGGCUAAAAAAAAACGCGCGCAUGACUUUGAUCCCCUAGAAGACAAAAAGUUGUACGUGGUCCACGCGGAGGCCAAUGCAAUCCUGAACAGCAUUGGCAUGAGUUUGACUGGAACGCGGCUAUAUACCACUCUGUUUCCCUGCAAUGAAUGUGCCAAACUCAUCAUACAGGCGGGGAUCUCUCAGGUGCUCUAUUUGUCCGACAAGUAUGCGGAUAAGCCCACAUACCGUGCAUCGAAGCGAAUGCUGGAUGCAGUGGGCGUGGAAUAUAAGCGACACAUUCCCCAAAAAAAAAGUAUCAUCAUUGAUUUUGACACCUACACAGAAGAAGAUCCGAACGCAUCCCUGGGCGAACAAACUACAUCUUAGCUAAAUUGACAAUUUUUAAAGUGUUUAAACUAAAUUUGACGUGAUCCGAACGAAUAUGUAGACAAAUGAUAAAAUGGAAGCAAUGCUUCUACUUUGUUUAACAGUACUAAUAUAAAUCAGUUUAACUAAAAACAAAAAC